AUGCUCGGGAGGGUGGAAUUACUUGGUGUAGUCAUAGACGUGAUAGCCACGGCACACAACAUCACAUUUCUGGAGGUGCCGCGGUACGGCGAUCCACACCACGAGGCAAACCUUGUAUGUCACUAUGUGAGUGAGUUAGAUGAUCCAGCGCUACACUCAGUCAAAUGGUACAGAGGAAGUAAUGAAAUAUUCAGAUUCAUGCCUGGACAACAGCCUUCCACAAGAACUUUCAACUCUACCGCUGGAGGAGUCAGUAAGGGCACAUGCAACUUGAAUAGCUGUGCCAUAAGUGUGGUCCUUCCCAGGACUUAUAACACAAAGCUGUCCUUUACAUGCGAAGUGUCAACCGAAGGCCCAAGGUUUGCAGUCGCUAAGCAAACAAAAAACUUGACAAUAGCUGUGACUUUGAAAGAAGACCCAGUGAUAUUGGGAGUGCCGGGCACGGUUCAACUAGGGGAAGAUGUCUUGCUCAAUUGCACUUCACAGCCGGCCAUGCCGCCGGCUAAUAUAAUGUGGUACAUAGAUGGAAGACCAGAGGUCAGUCAUACAGAACCCUGGUUGGUGAAUAAUACACAAGUGUCAGCAGCCAAUGAAUUUGGCCUUAGGUCAAGUUGGCGGUCCUUGAAGCUUCGUGUGGCAACUACUAAGGGCUACAUGGCCUUAAGAUGCGAAGCAACGCAACCUACUUUUCCACCAUACACUAGGUCUACUAACAAGACUUUGGAAAUCGCGAGAUCACCACAUUUGUCUAUGUUUACAGCAGCAGGUUCCAGUUCAACUUUGUCGGAAGUAACAGUAGUAAUGCUCACAAUUUGUGUAUCAGUACAUAUAUUUUCUAAAUGCAGUGCCUUGAGUGAAGUCUAA